CCAAGAGAAAUACACAGCGGGAGAGGAGAGGGAGAGGGAGAGGGAGAUGGAGUUGAAUGAACAUAGUUUCUUACAGGAGUUAUUAGCUCUAAGAAGAGACAGUAGUAGUAGCAGUACAUGGGAAACCAAUAUUCCAACAGAAAUGAAUGAUUUGUUGUCUAGUAGUGGUAGCUGGGGAAAUUUUGAUUACUUUGAUCAACAAAACCCUUCAUCUUCUUUCUUCCCAAAUUCUUCUUCCACCCAUGAAUUCUCACCUCCAUUUGAACCCAACUUUAACAACUUCAACGCCACCUUUAAUCAAGAAGUCUACUAUCCCUUCGGCUUUGGCGUUACUGAUGAAGCACUACUCUCAGCUCAGCAGCAAGUCACUGACUCAUCCUACAGCACCCUUGAUACGCCGCCGUUUCCGGUCCAGGAAGACAAUCCAUGGUCCAUACUUGAAGAAGAAGAGUUGGGUUUGCUUGGUGAUGAAAUACACUACUUGGAGACUCAAGCUGAAGCUGCAGCAGCCUGUAAAGUGGAACCAACUCAGUCCCCUGACCAAGUCCCCUCUUUCAACGUGGGAAUCUGUGUGGAGAGAAAUACCAGAGCUACUAAUAAGAAGUUGCAGGGGCAGCCAUCAAAGAAUCUAAUGGCUGAGAGAAGAAGAAGAAAGCGAUUGAACGACCGGCUUUCGAUGCUAAGAUCAAUUGUGCCCAAGAUAAGUAAGAUGGAUAGAACAUCUAUACUUGGAGACACUAUAGAUUACAUGAAGGAGCUCCUAGAGAGAAUCAACAAUUUGCAACAAGAAAUUGAAACAGAUUCAGAUCAGUUAAAUGUGAUGAGCCUUUUCAAGGAUAUCAAACCAAAUGAAAUGCUAGUCAGGAACUCACCUAAGUUUGAUGUGCAAAGGAGGAAUGUGGACACCAAGAUUGACAUAUGCUGUGCAGGAAAGCCAGGGCUGUUGUUAUCAACAGUGUCUACCUUGGAAGCCUUAGGCCUUGAGAUUCAGCAGUGUGUGAUUAGCUGCUUCAAUGACUUUGCAGUGCAAGCUUCUUGCUCAGAGGAUUCUGAUCAGAGAACACUGGUAACUUCUGAGGACAUAAAGCAAGAACUAUUUAGAAAUGCAGGAUAUGGAGGAAGAUGCUUGUAAUUGCAAGAAUAAAGUGGGAAGAGGAAAAGUAACAACUUUUGCGGUAAAGCUUUAGAGGAGAUGGCUUUUUGUUGUAAUCUCUGGAAUUUCAGUGACGGUUUGCUAUUGAGAGGUUACAUUAUAAUUCACUUUUUUUUAUUAUAAUUCACUUUUUUUUUAUAUAUUAUUAAAUAAUUGGUGUCUUUUCAUGGAGUAGCAUUUGCUUCAGUAGUAGGAGAUGUUAAUUCAUGUACAAUGUACUUUGUUCUCCAAGAGUGAAAGAGUGUCUUUAACAUUUUAAGUGCCAAGAAAAGGCUAAAAUUAGGGUUUAGAAGCUAUGUGGGAGUGAAUUGACACAAAUUAACCAACUUUGUAUUGGUGAUGCUGGUUGUUGAUUGCAAAUAAAAUUAGUUGGAGAAGAGGAUGUAAUGAUGAUGUAAGAAAGCUUUUCUAUGGAUGUAGUUGUAGAUUGUUGCCUACA